CCACCGGAAUCCAUCUUGUAUGGCAAGCUUUCAUUGUUACUCUGGCGACAGAGUUCUCGAUGCUCAAAUCAGCAAUUGGAUGGAUUGGGAUCAGAGUCCACAUACGAAGGCUCAAAUAAUUGAUGCUAUCAAACAAGAAGAUUGGGAGACGCUUCAGGCCUGCAUGAACAAUCGGAUGACACUCGGCACAGAUGGCUUCCGAGCGCCGAUGCGAGCCGGGUUCGACGGUAUGAACGAGCUGGUUGUCAUACAGACUGCUCAAGGAUUAUGCGCCUAUCUGAAGCAGGAAUAUCCGGAUGAGAGCAUGUGGUCUGAGCAAGGCGUGGUCAUCGGAUACGAUGCGCGCUACAAUAGCAAACUCUUUGCGGAGUUGUGUUCUAUUGUGUUCCUGAACAACAAUUUCCGGGUACACCUAUUCGGGAACUAUAUCGCUACGCCCUUUGUGCCGUUCACAAUUUUCGAGCUAGAUUGUCUAGCAGGCAUAAUGGUAACAGGCUGCCACUACCCCAAGAAUAUCAACGGCCUUAAAAUUUAUUGGUCAAACGGAGCUCCAGUCACAUCACCUCACGACACGGGCAUUCAGCGUUGUAUUCGUCAGAAUCUGGAGCCUGCAGAAGAUUCCUGGAAUCAGGAAGCUCUAGGCGCUACCGAAUUACUGAGUAAUCCGUACAAACAAAUCGUUGAGGCCUAUUACGAAUCACUCAAGUCACAGCUCAGUACAUUUCUGGAGGACUGUGAAAAAUAUCCUCUGAAUUUCAUCUAUACGGCGAUGCAUGGCGUUGGUUAUCCGUACAUUGAGCUGGCAUUCAAGGCUAUCGAGUUCGAUCCAGUCAUACCUGUGCUGGAGCAGGUCACCCCCAAUCCAGACUUCCCAGACACGCCGAUACCGGAUGAUGCACUCUUCCUGGCUACGCGACGGGCGACCAUCAAUAACGCUGACCUUAUCUUGAUCAACGAUCCGGUUGCCGGUUGCAUGGCCGCAGCCGAGGUGGUCAAGCGAAAAUAUCGAGUCUUUAGCAGCAACGAGCUGGGCGCCCUGCUCGGCUGGUGGGCCUGGGAGAACUAUGUGAUGAGCGAGGAAGAGCCCAACGCAUCCAACUGCGUCAUGAUCUCGAGCACUCUCAGCUCCAAGAUACUGAAGUCGAUGGCGGAGGUCGAGGGAUUCUCGUUCCAUGAGACCCUGAACGGCUUUAAAUGGAUCUGUAAUAAGGUGCUCGAAGAGGAGGGCAAAGGACGGAAUGUGCUGUUUGCCUUCGAUGAAGCUUUCGGCUACAUGCUCUCCACAAAUGUGCUCGACAAGGAUGGCAUAAGUGCUGCGGCCCACUUGGCCUCAAUGGCAUCAUACCUUCGAUCGGAAAAGGACAUGAAAUUGCAGGACAAACUGGACGAAAUAUACGAUAAUUACGGAUAUCACACUAGCCAAGUGUCCUAUCACGUUUUCGACAACGAACGCAUUAUCAACAAUAUCUUCCAUCGCCUGCGCACCUUCGACGAUGGCCGGAAGGAUACGUAUCCGACGAGCAUCCUGAACGGCGAAUAUGAGAUUGAGAGCGUGCGUGAUCUGACGACGGGCUACGAUAGCAGCACGGACGAUGACAAGGCGACUCUACCAUCUAGUAAAUCCAACCAGAUGAUAACGUUCAGCUUCAGCAAUGGAUUUGUGAUAACGUUGAAAGCCAGUAGAGCUCAGCCCAAGAUCACGUAUUAUGCCGAAAUGUGCGGGGAGCCGGAGAAUAAGUCGUGGACUGCUCUAAACAAUACACUCAACGAAAUGGUCGAGGCUAUUGUCAAAGAGUUUUACGAGCCCGAAAGGAAUGGACUCAAUUCCACAAAGGGCAAGGAGGAGGAACUGAGAAAAGUCUGCAUGUAUGCGCUGUGAAUGUGAACAGUCUAAAAAAAAAA